CUUACGUACGCUCGGCGCUCACUUGGCCGUGCCUGGCCGCGGUUCGGCGCUCUCCGCUCUCCUCCUGCGCCUGCGUUGUUCUUCCCCUGCCAGUCACUCCGGCUCAGAUCGGGAAGUGUCAAGCGGGAGCCGGUCUCCGCCACAGCGGCAGCCGCCCGCCUCCGGAGCCCCGAGGUCUCCGGCCCUGGCCCGGUUGGGCCCAGCCGUCAUGACGAACGUAUAUUCCUUGGAUGGGAUCCUGGUAUUUGGUUUGCUGUUUGUUUGCACCUGUGCCUACUUCAAGAAGGUGCCUCGUCUCAGGACCUGGUUGCUCUCAGAGAAGAAGGGAGUCUGGGGUGUGUUCUACAAAGCUGCUGUGAUUGGAACCAGACUGCAUGCUGCUGUGGCAAUUGCCUGCAUUGUGAUGGCAUUUUACGUUUUGUUUAUAAAAUGAACUCUAAGACAUCCAAACCGCCAACUGCCAGUCAAGGGGCCUGGGGCAAGAGGCCUCUCAGGGACUUAUGCCCCCUGUAGAAGAGCUGGACUGAGAUCAGCAAGCCACCCCCAGGAUGACGUUGCAUCCUCUGCCCCUGCCAGGCCUAGAAAAAGCUCCUCGGGAUCACCGCUUGGGGGGAUUCCCGACAGCCAAUUUCUCUACCUUCCUCUGAUCUGUUUAUAAAUUAAUCCGCUGCAAAGAGUCUAUGGUGUUCAGCUAUAUAGCGCACCUCUUGGUGAUAACAUUACAUACCUCUUGCUGAAGAGUACCUGUCAUGUAUUUUGUUCCUCAGCAGUUUUUCAGGAUCUCAUAAAAUUGAGUAAGCCUAAGAAGAGUAGGAAGAGUAGACUGGGCCAUGAUUUCUUGGGAGAGAGUAUUUUUCAAGUCUCACUUUUUUCCCUGUUUAAUCUGCAUUAGGCAAAUUGGAUAAAUGGGAGUUAUGCAAUGCCAAGGAAGAGUUUGGCUUUAGAAAGUUCUCUUUUUUAUAUCCAUCUGGGGGUAUAACAGAGAGACAUUCCCUUCUGUGCACAAAAAGAGCAGACCAACUAGCUGGUUGCUGAAUAUGUAGGAGUUCUGCCAAGACAAUCUUGGGGAAUGGCUAAGGUUGGGGAAGGGCAUAUCUGUUUGGGGUCUGGCCAGAAAGCAGAUACAUCCUAGAGAAGAGAAAGAGCUGGUAGUCAGAAAUGCAGGCUUAGAGUUUUAACCAGAUUAAAUGGCACAUGGAGAAUUAGUAAACUGUUGUUUUCCUUAGCCUUGGUAGAUUUUUCAAAUUUCCUAAAUUUGAAUACAAUCAUUAAAGAAGUUUGAAAUGUAGCCAUUUAGGGGAGGGGGAACUUUAAAGGAAAGAAUUUUACAAUUUAUUUACAGUUGGGAGGGGGGGAACCUAUCAUAUUACAAACAUUUGUUAUUAUAUAUUAGAAAGAUUGGCAUUUCUAGCCAAAAUAUAAUAAGAUCCAUACUCAUUGUUUGAAAAGACUAGAUUGUUAGGACAGUUCUCAAUUACUUCUACUUUUGUCUGGCUACCUCUUGUGAUCCCACAUAUACUUUUCUUGAAAACUGGUCUGGGAGGGGGAAAAAAUGAAUAGUUAAGUCUGGGAAGGGGGCAGUGUGCUGCCAUUUGGAUGGUCUUCAUCCAUAUAUUGUUUCAUAGUGUCUAGACUUAGACAGGUUAAGGCUUUUUCAUGCCUCUGAAAUGAGUUUGAGAUAAGGGGAGUUUUCCAGAAAGAAUGGAUGCUCAAACCUGUUUGGAGAACUCUACAUUUUAAAAAAGUGUUGACAUUUCCACGUCUCUUCUUUGAUCUACAGUGGCAUUGGGCUUGAUGAGGCCAGAGCUUCUGCAUCAAAAAUAUUCUUAUAAUAAGGGCUGAACACAUUAAAUUACCUUGAACAACAAGUGUAGAUUUGAGUCUAUUAAUUAUCUGUUUAGGUUAAAAAAAAAAAAAAAGUGGUUCUACUUUUCCUAAAUCUCUCAGAAGGAAAGUUUUUUGUCUGUGCUUGCCACGGGGAGAUGAUGAGUUGUCUUUUAUAUCUGCUCCUUCCAAACCAGUAAAAGCUGCUGGAAAGUAGGGUUUAGGCAAAAUGAGUCUAUUGGCGUUAGAACCCCCAGCAGCAGUAGAAAGUCAUCGUAAGACCAACCAGAGCAGCCAUCUAUUGGGCUUGAUCUAUGGGAAGAAUAUGAGUGGAUGAUUCUGUGUUCUCUUGGGAUUGAUGGGAUCUUUGACAAGGAAAAAGACUUCUUUUAAGUGACUGAUAUGAAAGGGAGGAAUGAGAUCCACCUGGUGGAAGUGAGCUUGGGAUGGCUCACUAGAGACCCAGGUUCAGCACAUUUUGCACAUACUGAGUUCAGUAGCUUUAAUGUAUUUUCUUUUCUAAUAGGACUAACAUCUCUGAGGUUGGUGCUUAAAGCAGCUUCAUAGAUUAAACUAGUCUCGUUUCUUACAGCGGUUUGUCCAAACCAAUCUAUAUGGCUUCUUAAGUUGAUCAGCAUGAACUUUUGAGGAAUUUUAUUCUGAAAUGUUUUUCUUACCAAAAUGAACCAAAAAUGUACUAGGUAAGCAUAAUUAUUCACAGGAAGAAAAUGCUUAAUUGUGUUUUUCACAGCUUCACAAUUCUUUAUGUAAGUAGAGAACCAGGAAUUCCCUAACCAAGUGAGUUUAUCAGCUUAGCUAACAUGUCCUACCACAGAAAAUCACAAGCAGAAACACCAGAAAGCCAUUCCAUUGGGCAGUGGUGAAUUAGUGGCUGAGGGAAGAAAGGAGAUGUCAAUAUUGGGAUUUCUGAUGUUGAUAUCUAGUAUAAAAACUAGGAUGAUCACAAACCCCUCCCCUUUAUGUCAGGUGGAUUGAGGAGGGCAGCUCCUUUUUUAAAGUUAAAGAAUUUUUUUACUUACCAUUGUCUGUACAAAUUCUUGGAAAUAAAAUCUCUUUCCCUAUA